AUUUUCCUGUAGGCCAUGCGCGCUCUGCGGGUCGGUCUGACCCUGGCGCUAGGCGCGGGGUUGGGUGCGGCGGCAGAGCACUGGCGGCGACGGGCUGGGAUAGCGCCGGGGCUGCUGGGCCGGGUGCCGGUGCUGCCCGUGGUAGCGGCCGAGCUGCCCGCGCUGCCUGGGGGGCCGGCUGGUGGCACCGGGGAACUGGCCAAGUACGGGCUGCCCGGCGUGGCGCAGCUCCGGAGCCGGGAGUCCUAUGUGCUGAGCUACGACCCGCGCACGCGCGGUGCGCUCUGGGUCUUGGAGCAGCUGCGGCCCGAGCGGCUCCGCGGCGAGGGCGACCGCAGCGCCUGCGACUUCCGAGAGGACGACUCUGUGCAUGCAUACCACCGUGCCACCAACGCGGACUACCGCGGCAGCGGCUUUGACCGCGGCCACUUGGCCGCCGCCGCCAACCACCGCUGGAGCCAGCGGGCCAUGGACGACACCUUCUACCUGAGCAACGUGGCCCCGCAGGUGCCGCACCUCAACCAGAAUGCUUGGAACAACCUUGAGAAGUACAGCCGCAGCUUGACUCGCACUUACCAAAAUGUCUAUGUCUGCACAGGGCCCCUUUUCCUGCCCAGGACAGAGGCUGAUGGGAAGUCCUAUGUCAAGUACCAGGUUAUUGGAAAGAAUCACGUGGCAGUGCCCACGCACUUCUUCAAGGUGCUCAUCCUGGAGUCCACCAGCGGGCAAAUCGAGCUGCGUUCCUACGUGAUGCCCAAUGCCCCUGUAGAUGAGACUCUCCCUCUGGAGCGCUUCCUAGUGCCCAUCGAGAGCAUCGAGCGUGCCUCGGGGUUGCUCUUCGUGCCCAAUAUCCUGGCCCGUGCCGGAAACCUCAAGGCCAUCACUGCUGGCAGCAAGUGAAGUUGAAGGAGUCAAGACACUGGGGAGAUGGGGCUGGUUCAUAUUAAAGAUGGUUAUUUUUGGAGACAAGUCUUGACCAUCUCUGUUCCUGGUGAUCCUCCAUUUCCUGCUGUUUCUGCAUCCUGGAUCCAUGAAGUUGUCAGGUGGUCCAGGAACCCGCCUGGGUGAGACCAGGUUGCAGGGCAGCCAGGGAGAUGAGUAUGGCUUCCUGGAAGAAAAGAAGUUGGCUGGGACCUGGUAGUUAGGCAGCCGUCCCAGCUCCUCCUUGUCAUCAC